AUGGCCUCUAGUGAUUCUUUGCCGUCUGCGUACUACCUGAACGACACCAUGCAGGAUUCGCAAGAGAGUCGUGAGGAGCCUUGGGCAUCUACCUCUACACUCGUCAAUCCAGACCCACCUGUCAACUAUAUUUUUGACCGUAACAGCGUUAUCAGUGCUACGCUCUACACCCGGUCUGGUCCUGCGUACAGAAUCAUCACAAACAGCGAAGUCAAUCGGACGGAAUUAUGCGACUUGACGGACCACAAUAUUGUGGCCACUAUCAAAAGACGCGACUUUUUGCCUAAUCUUGUCGUUUUUGCUCAUCGAAACGGCAAGUCGAUGAAGAUUAAUAAAUGGCUUAAGCGUCGCAGAGUUGCACAAGGAAGUCAGAUGACGACUGUCAAUGACUUGGUGACACCGUCUGGGCAUUUUACUUGGAGGUCAGAUGAUAGGCACAGACUUGCUCUUUACCUUGAAAAUCAGACAGACUUUCCUAUUGCAUAUUCAAAAAAACUUCAAGACCCUCCUACUCUCGCUCUCUGCUUGAGAAGCUGCUCAGAUAAUGACCGGAUCGAAAUCAUCACCUCGUUCAUCAUACUCGAACACCGAUUGCGAAUGAAGGAGAAAACCCUACAGGGGAAUACACUAUACGGAGUGGGUAGCCAGUUUAUCAUGAUGCGUUGA